AAAUGUAUAACAAUGUAAAUUUUCAAAAAUGUAAGGUGUUUUAAAGACAAUGAUUUGGAUAAACUCUGCUAAAAUUCUACAUGGAUAAUUUGGAUAACCUAUGCGAAUGUCCGGCGUGUUUGGAAAUUCUCAGGGGGAAAAUUUACAUUUGCAACAAGGGCCACAGUUUCUGCGAGGGGUGUUCGAAAAACCUCCAAAAAUGUGCCUUGUGUCAGGGAGGCAUGACCACGCAGAGGAACUUGCUGAUGGAGAACGCCAUAUCGGAAAUUUUGAAAAUCAAAUCAAACCCAAAUUUGAGAAACCUGCUCAACCAAAAAGACUUCACAUGCAACUCGUGCAUAAAAUUCAUGAACAGCUCCAUAUACGUCGGAGAAGAUGGCUGCAAAUAUUGUCAGGUUUGCUGGUCGGGCUCCAAAAACAAAAUAAAAAGUGUUACAGAAAAACUUCCACAUUUCCAGAAAAUAAAAACUGAGGAUGGGAAAAUUAAUGGCGGCGAUAUCACAACGUGUCCUGUUUCAUCCUGCAAAUGCACGUUUUCCAGGCACUUUUUGCUCCCCCACAUCUUUUUAGAACACUCCAAACUUAUCAGGAACGUAACAAGGCGAAAAAGAAGCUACACCUUACAGGUGAAGCACAAAAAUCAUACAGGGGUGUACUUCCUGAACUUUUGCAAAAAACUUUUUACAUUAUACUACACUUUCACUAUAGACACGGAAAAAGUUUUCCUGGAGUUGGUGCCCGUGGAAUACAAGGAUUCAAAAAAGCUGGAUUUUUUCAUCAAAAAUGCUUGGUUCAAUAAUUCCUCAAGAUUGCACCUUUUCGAUAUUCACUUUAAUUUAAUAUUUUGACUUUUUAAAGGAACAUAAUAAAACAUGGAUUUAGUUAGUUAUUUUAUUA